UGUGUUCAACUGGGAGCUCGCAAAAAUGAUCCCUCACUGAGUUUGUUGUUGAAGAAUCUGAUUUUAUCCUCACCCUCAAAUGGGCUUGUAUUCGAUAUUCAUUGUCAGAUCAUUUGAAAUUUAUCUUGUAAGUGAGCGACCAGAGCAUAUUACAGUUAGGUAGACGUGGUGGAUUUCUGGAGACGAAGUUGUGCUGUUGAGCCACGAUGUGGCACAGUGGAGCGUUACUGUUACUGGUGGCGACGGCGAAUGUAGUGCUUGCUGAUGAACAUAGUCAUCAGUAUAAGGACGAGGAGCAAGUUGUCCUAUGGAUGAACACAGUUGGACCGUAUCACAAUCGUCAGGAGACCUAUCGUUUUUUCUCAUUGCCAUUUUGCCAUGGACCUCAGUCUUCCAUCGACCAUUAUCACGAAACGCUUGGAGAAUCCUUGCAGGGCAUCGAGUUGGAAUUCAGUGGUCUGGAUAUUAAAUUCGGCGCUGAGAAGCCUCAGGAGAAGUACUGCGAGAUAGAAUUAUCCAGCGAUGAGACGUUCAAGGCUUUGGAGUACUCCGUUAAGAACCAUUACUGGUACCAGAUGUUUGUGGAUGACCUGCCAAUCUGGGGCAUCGUUGGUGAUGUUCAGAAGGGUGCUGAUGGAAAUGAUGAGUACUACGUCUGGACACACAAGAAACUGGAGUUUGGCUUCAAUGGAAACCAGAUUGUUGAUGUAAAUUUGACCAGUGAGGCCAAGGUGAAACUCGUCCCAGGAGCCAAGCUAGUUUUCACAUACCAGGUCACGUGGAAGAAGUCCAGUAUUCUUUUUGUAAAACGAUUCGAGAAGUACUUGGACCCCAACUUCUUCCAGCACAGGAUCCAUUGGUUCUCCAUCUUCAAUUCCUUCAUGAUGGUCAUCUUCCUCAUCGGUCUGGUCAGUAUGAUAUUGAUGCGAACCCUGAGAAAGGACUAUGCACGCUAUCGUCGGGACGAGGAGAUUGAUGAUAUGGACCGUGACUUGGGAGAUGAAUACGGCUGGAAGCAGAUUCAUGGAGACGUGUUCCGUGCACCCGCCUAUCCCAUGGCCUUUUCCUCCGUGAUUGGUGCUGGUGCUCAGCUGGGACUUGUCUGCCUGUGUGUCAUUCUCAUGGCCAUCAUCGAUGACUUGUACACGGGGCGUGGCUCCAUCAUGAAUGCAGCCAUUCUGGUGUAUGCCGCUACCUCUCCGGUCAAUGGCUACUUUGGUGGUUCCAUGUACUACAAGUUUGGCGGCAAGGAGUGGAUCAAGCAGAUGCUGGUCAGUGCCGCUCUGGUUCCCUCCAUUGUGUGCGGGUCGACGUUCAUGAUCAACUUUGUUGCCAUGUACUACCAUGCAUCGCGUGCCAUUCCCUUCACCAGCAUGCUCGCCGUGUUCACGAUCUGCCUGUUCGUUGUUCUGCCUCUGACCCUUUCUGGGACAGUGCUGGGUAGAAGUGUAUCUGGCAGAGCCAGCUACCCAUGUCGUGUCAACACCGUUCCCAGGCCCAUUCCUGAGAAGAAAUGGUUCAUGGAGCCCCUGGCCAUUGCUCUGUUUGGGGGAAUUCUCCCGUUCGGUUCGAUCUUCAUCGAGAUGUACUUCAUCUUCACCUCGUUCUGGGCGUACAAGAUCUACUAUGUGUAUGGUUUCAUGCUGCUGGUCUUCAUCAUCUUGGUGCUGGUCACCAUCUGCGUCACCAUCGUCUGUUCCUACUUCCUCUUGAAUGCGGAAGACUAUCGCUGGCAAUGGACCAGUUUUGCAGCUGCAGCUUCUACUGCUGUCUACGUCUAUUUCUAUUCCUUCUACUAUUUCUUCUUCAAAACAAAAAUGUACGGCUUCUUCCAGACGUCAUUCUACUUUGGCAACAUGCUGGUGUUUAGCGUUGGCUUUGGCAUCAUGACCGGUACAAUUGGGUACAUGGGCACCAACUUCUUUGUGCACAAGAUAUACUCUACGGUGAAAAUUGACUGAGCACGCUGAUGUCGUCUGGCCUGCGGACACUUGCCGGCUGACCGCAUGUUGCGCAUGGUGCAUGCAACUGCUGGUGUGCGGUGGCACUAAGAAUCGCUGGGUCACAGGCCCAGUGCUGAGGUGCUGGUACAGGAUUUGAUUGUAAUAGAGAAAUCUCUCAUUUCUUCAGGCCGAUUUCUUGUUGUAAUUGAACCUGGUCCUGGCUAGCUCUUGACAAGAUGCAGGAAGCCCUUGCUACCUGUCCUUCGCCAUAUGUUGUAAAUAUAUCUGCCUGUCGUAGGUGAAUUUAUUCUGCAGCUGUUCAGAAUUCUUCAUCGUGCACAUGUAAUAAUACGUAUUAUGUUGGCUUGCCAUACAGCCUGCCCCCCCCCCCCCCACAUACACACACACACACACACAUGCACACGCUCAAGAUUUAUUUGCCGUUCACUCUUUACUGUUUUGCUUCUACCGUGUUGUGCUGUGCUGACAAAUAGAUCAUAAUGUGCCACCUUACUGACUGCGUGCAUGGACAGGACGUGUGGUGGUUAUUUACAUGUCGCCGUCGUUGUCUGUUCCCAUCAUAUAACAUCCAUUUUGUUCGCAACUUUCUACCCCAGUUAUUCUGCAGUGUACAUGGAGACAAUUCUUCGCUUGUUCCUAGGUCGGCACCUAUGCAUUCCUCUUCUGCUUUCUUUCUUCUUCUUCUUCCUUUUUUCCGAUCAUCAUUUCUUGUUAACACGAGUCGCUUGUGGUGUGUAAAUAUUGGCAUCUUGAAAACCACCAUGCAGUUUUCUGAGACGGUGUCAGACUUCAA